CGAAACUCUCACGCGGCGCGUCGUGCCGGUCGGUCAGGUCGGUCAAGGAGCUGGUUUGGUGUCCGUCGGGCUUGCGGGGUUUGGUGCGGUCGUGUAAGCGCGCCGCCAUGUAGAAGACCAUCGCAGGAUGACGGCCGUGUCCUGCACAGAUCCCGCCCUUCGACCCACAAGUGCUGCCGCCAUUCCAUUCUGAUUUUAUUCCGGGGUCACGAAAGUGCGGAAUGAUUCCGGAAUCAUUCCAACUCCGAAGUGGCAACUGCGCAACACUGAAACAUACUCCACUAGGGUUCGAGGGCACAAUGCCGUGAACAUGGUCACGAUUGGUGUGUGCCUGUCUGAGGCCGGCGCCAUGCUCCAGGUCAAGCCGGGAGUCAGCCUCAGGAUGGGGCCUGUGCCUCGCAACAGCAAGCUGGUCCUCGUGUCGGCGGGGGUCGGCAUCAUCCUGCUCGGUGUGCUCACCAGGUACCUGAGGCGGCGCUACUUCACCCCCACCGCCAGCGCUGCCGUCAAUGGAGACGUGCGCAGGGCCCUGUGUGCCGAGUGCCGGCGACCCUCCCUGCGCCACCGCGCCAUCACGGGGGGCUUCGAGACCCCACUGACCGCCGACCAGCUGGGACGCAUGGGUCUGGAGUCCCUGGAAGCGGCCGUGGGAUGUUGGGAGGACUCCCUGCAGGCCCUGCAGAGGGAGAGGUUACCGGGCCUCCUGGAUCAGGCCGGGCUGCGGACCCUACUUGCCGAGGCUCAGGUGCUGCGGGCGCACUGCCGGGCCCUGCUGGAGGGGCAGCUUUCCCUACCGGCUCCUGCAGAGGCAUCCCAGGCGCCACCCAGCACCAUGGACACAGACAGCUUCGUGUCGGCCGAGGGGGUCUCCGAUGUGGCCACCCUGUCGGAUGUCGAGCAGCCCCCCAUGGCGCUGGAGGAGUGCCAGCUCUACAUGUCUGCUCUGGAGCUGCUCGAGAGGGACGCCAUCCCGUGCCGGACGUUCAGGUUGGAGACGCUAUGCUGCAGAACGGAAAACGAGUACCUAAUCAAGGUGCACUGUGUGCGGCUCGCAUUUCAGCACCUGACAGAGCAGGAGGGCAUCCGGCACUGGCUCAUCAGCGCUGGCAGCCGGGUCCUGGGUGCGCUGAUGCUCCGCACUGGCAGGGACCCCAAGGAAGCGCUGCAGGCGUACGACGAGCUGCUGGUCUACGUGCUGGAGUCGCAGCACCUGGAGCAGACGGAGAAGGAGCUGCUCGCCAAGGGGGUGGUGUGCUGCACGGUGUACGACGUGUGCAUCGACUAUAUGCUGCUGGACGCCUUCGAGGACCUGGGCAACCCACCCGCCACGGUGGUGGCUGUCACCCAGAACCGCUGGCUCACCACGGGCUUCAAGGAGACGGCUCUGGCUGCAGCCAUAUGGUCAGUCCUCAAGGCCAAGAAAAGCCUAUUGCCGUACUCGGACGGCUUCUUCUCCCGCUACUACACCCUGAUGGAGCACGUGACCCCUGUGCUGGCAUGGGGGUUUCUGGGGACCGACGAGGACCUCAAGGAGCUCUGCCACUUCUUCAAGGCGGAGGUGGAGUCCCUGGUGCGAGACAUGUUCGACCUGGGCCGCACCCGCUACACGACGGUGGGGGACAUGGCCGAGGACAUCUUCCGCAACACCCAGGUGCGCUACGACAGGGUCUGCCAGGCCCUGACGGCCGCCGCCCCACCCUGACGCCGCCGGGGGAUUCUGCGCAAAUUGUCGCCAGACCCACCCAAGCAGUGCUCCGAGUUCAUCGGGGACGGCCAUGAUCUCACGUCUGUGGGUGGCAUUUCCGGCAUUCGUUCCGGACUUUCCCGUGGAUGCUGCGCCAGAGAGGGAGGACAAUAGUGUUUGGUCAGGCCGUCCGCCCAGAGAGGAAAUGGAACUGCGGAUGCUUGCUCCGGGAUCAAAGGUUUGAACCCGGAAAAGAAGGCGAAACCUGCCCGACAUCUGUGGACUAAAACUGUUGACCUCUACUGCACUGGCCGGACCUCCGACCUAGGGUUAAAUAUUUAUGCGUGGCUUUUCUCCACCACGCCUUUUAACAUUUGCAAGCCGUCAUUUUGACCGAGCCUACAGUGAAGACCAACAUAUUCGCCUCCAGAUACGGUGUCUAUGAGUCAUUCUAAAGGGAGUGAAACGGUAAAAUAUGGUAAAUUCUACUUAACGGACAAGAGAACUUUGUUGCUCGAGUUUACUUUGUUCUACAAGAUUAGUGGAAAAAAAAGCAGAAAUGCAAAAUGGAAACGGAUCCACUGCACGGCGAUGAAUCUGCGCACCAUGCGCACCGUUUUUGGAAAUGGAAUGGUGUUCCACUCAGCUGCAUACCUCGCAACAUCGGCCGACUAGAAACUUUGAUGCCUCACAAAUUAGAUCUUUGUAGACGCCACAUACUUGUACAUCGCUUACUUGAAACUGGAAAGUGAUCACAAUGGUCGUCCACAAAUAUUGCUUAUUGCCUGUCAAAUAUUACGGUAAGUUGAAGUCGUCCUUUCCUGGAGAACCCUGUGGUUCUCAAUUGGCGCUUUGUAGGUCGUGAUUUUAACUUCUAGUCAUGCAUAACUGCCGGGGUAAAGUGAAUGUGUACAAAUACUGCUUGCCUAGGUGGAGAUUCAGAUGAAUUCCAGUAAAAGGGGAUUAUCUGCCCCCAGGAUUUCAAAAUUUCGCCCCAUACCCCGGUUUUCCUGGUACCCACACCUCCUCUGUUCUGGCCUUUGCACUGUAUGUUUCUCCCUACACUGCACAUUCCAUGCGACAAUGAGGUAAAUUCUAUAUGUCACUUGACCUCGCAGUGUGAAUUCAUGGCAUCAUGUGAUGUCAAUUUCCUUCUAGAUCAAGCGAGGAAAUUGUUUUGUCGCAUAAUCUGACAGGAUGUCGUGGUGUUAUGUGUUUCCGUGGUUGAUGUCAAUUUCCCACUAAAUUUAGCCACAAAAUUGUAACGGUGCAUCAUUUCCUCGUUCUUUUCUUUGUGGCACCUGUAUUCUCUCCCAAGAAGUUACAGUAGACUCAUAUUUCAAACUCCAGGAAGCUAUGAAUUUUGUCUGAAUUAUCAGAAGUUUGAAUUAUCAGAAAUUUAUCUAAUAUGAUGCAAGAUAAAAUUAUGAUUUGUUACGCAGAUGGCUGGGCACAAAGAAAGCAGAUGUUUGAUGAUUUCCUCUGCACAGGCCUACCGUAAUAUAUUGGGCAAGCACCCACUCAAAAUUUACAGAUAAUGGCGAAAAAAUGGGGUUGGGCGCUUGUCUGAUCAUCAAUUUUACAUAUCAAUGUACUGUGCAUUUUUUCUCAGAUCUUACAAAUUUGGGUAAGGGCGCUUAGUGUGGUAUAGGCGGAUGCUCGGUAUUCAACGGUACUAAUCACAAGCAGGUAUGCCACAUAUGAAACAUUGGUGAAAUAUCUGAGAAAAGUUUAUUUAUCCCUCAAAAA